AUGUCAUCAACGGAGAGUGGUCAAAAUUCGAGUCUGGAUUAUUUAAUAGAGAGGGGUACACUCGAGAAUUCCAAUAUUCCUCAAGGUCAUAAUACAAAUACUUCAUUGAAGAAAAUCACAACUCCACAUCUACUAAAUCCAUUUCUAGAUUCGAUAUUCAAUAGCUCCAAUCCAAGGAAGGAGCCAAUUAAAUCAAUACUUACUACCCUAUCACGACUGCAUAACGACUUUGCUAUCUUAGUACCACCCACUGCCAUACUUCGAACCCACUAUGACCCAUCGUCUGAAUAUAGUUCUACAAAGACAAGACUACAUGAAUCGUGCUACUUUGAUGAUGCAUUCCUUCGAUCGCAUAUAGUUCGCACUUCUCAACCCUACUCGUCAAAAUCUGCAUUUUCAAAGCAACAACUGGUGAUUUACAAUACAUUAAAUGGAAAGCAAGUAUUGAUAAAGAAUGGGAUUGUUUUCCCAGGUAAAGGUUUUGGUAAAUCCCUUUCUCUAAAGAUAUUAAAAUUGGAUUAUUUUUAUUCCCAGGCAAGUUAUUUCCCUCUAGGGUCAAGAUUUAUGCUUAUUUAUGUUGAUAACUCAGUUAUUGGUAGUUUUAUUCCUGAGGUUGAAAGAAUAAAUAUUUGGAAUUGGAAUUUACAAAGUCAACUGAUUCCAACUGAUUCCCAAAGUAAAACAGAAAUGAAUCCUAAAGAGUCUUUAGAAAUUCCAAAAAGGAAUACUGCAGAUUCAAUUACAUUUGAAAAUCUUUUGAGAAGUUUCCCACUCUUGUCAAAAGCAGUGUCUGAUAAAUUUUAUCGACUUUUCCAUCAUAACAAUUACCAAUUUCAAAUUUUAAGAGUGAACAAUAUUAAAGAAUUACUGCAAAUUGAAAAGGAAUUUAACCAAAUCCUUGAAGACUCGUUCAAAAUCAUUCUGAAAAGUGUAGAUGAAGAUACCCCUAACAGUGAAGCCACAUUUGAUCUUAUCAAUAACAUCCUUAAAUCAUAUCCUGGAUUGGACUUCAAUAAGAUAAUCCACGAAUACGUUGAGUUAAAUUUAUAUGAUAAGAUAUGGUCACAUUUGAUUUUCCAGUUUAAUGAUUCAAGGAAAGUUUUGACAAGUGAAAUAUAUGAAGAAUUGUCACAUUUAUCAUUAAAUCAACUAGAUAUAUCCGUUGAGAAACCUUGGUAUGUUAAUGAACUUUACAAAAGAGUUCUGCAUUCUAUAAAAGAAUUUAAGAAAUUAGAUGAUACAGCUGUGGUAAAUCUGCAAGGAAAAACAAAGAUACUAGUUAAAAGUAUUCAAAUAUUGUCACAUACAUCGGGAGAUGGAUUGUUAGUUGAUGCAGAUACACUUAUUGGUUUAUUGAUAAUGGUCAUCAUACAUUCUAAGAUUGACUCUCUCGAAGCACAUAUUUAUUACAUUAAGCAUUUCAAUUCCAUCAACGUUCAUGAUGAUGGAUAUCUAAGUUAUAUUUUGAGUAACGUCGAUGCAGUGUUAUUACAUUUAUCAUCUAUUAACGAUAAUAAUAAGCAACUUCAAACGUUUUCAACUUCCAAUGAAGUAUUUUGGAAUUAUAUCAGGAAAGGAAAUUAUACUGAAAUAGAGAAACUAUUGACAGAAAUUGAAGGCAAUGUGUUGCCAAACAAUCAUUUUUUAAAGAGUAGAAAUAUUGAUGGAGAAAGUUGCCUCAUGAUGGCAAUUAAAAGUAAGAACUUUCUAAUCUAUAAGUUAUUGAUUGAUUUCAAUUUAUGUUGGUUCUCAAUCGAUGACAUUCUUUUUGAUGUGAAUACUACAACUAACCAAAGUUUAUUGAUGGUAUCUAUCGUUGAAGAAUGUCCAGAAAUUGCACAAGAUUUGAUCGAAAUUAUCGCAGGUAGUUGCACUAAAGAAGAGAUAAUAGCCUACUACAAUUUACCUGAUAAUUUAGGUAGAACUGUGGGUCAUUAUCUUCACCAUAGCAUAGACCUUGUUGAAAUAGUGGGACCUUAUUUGGAUUGGGAAUUGAAAGAUUUGAAUUCGCAUACACCUCUUUUCAGUUUAUGUCGCUGUUAUGACCAUGUCAAUUAUCUGGACUUAGUGGAACGGGCAUUCUCGUGUAUAAAUAAUAAAUAUGGUAUUGGUCCCAAACAUUUGAUAAACCUUAAUAAGCAUAUUGAUAAGAAUGGGAAUACUUUACUUCAUGUUAUUCAACGACAAAUUGCAAGUACUGGUAUUCUUUCAAAUUCUAAUAAUAUCAUUGAUAUCAAUCAAUUUAAUAACAAAAACUUGACUCCUUUGGCAUUAUACGUAAAGUAUAAUCGGUAUGAGAACUUGGUGCAAUUGUUGAAGGAUUCAAGAAUUGAAUUCACAAAGGAAGAUCAACUUCACUUUUUAAACGUUUUUGAUUAUUCGAGUGGACUCUUCCGAUCCUUAUCUGGAAAAAAUGUAGCGCCAAGUAUCGACAUAGAAAAGUUAUUGGUUGAUUACAUUAUAGAUGAAAAAUAUGGCGAAAGUGCACCACAUAAACUUGUGGUAUUAACCGGGAAAUAUGAUCCAACUCAUAAAGAUUGGAUAAUCUUUUUUAGAGAAAGAAUCGAAUCUGAACCAGUAUCCCCAGAAGACAUAAAUUACACAUCAUUCCAUGAAUCUAUUGAAUAUAUUGCCCAGAAUAUGUACCUAAUGAAACUCCGGUUCCCAUUGUCGGUUAUUCCACUGAAGGAUUCAUUCUUUCAAAAUUUCCCAGCGGGUCAAAUAGUAUUCCCAUCAUUUAAUAAAUUUCGGGUUAAUCGGAUUGUUGAAGAUUUGAAUAUAAUGUUUCUUUGUCUUAACUAUCAUCCAAAGUAUAAGCAAGAAACAAAUAUUUGGGAAAUGUUCAGCAAAGCUGGUGCUCAAAAGCUGACAUUGGAGUUAAUAAAAGAUAUCAAAACCGAUGCAGAUGAUAUGAAAGCAAAAAUUGGAGAAGUUAAACUUGAUAUGUUAAAAAUUCAAGAGAUUGAGUUUUUCUUGAAUUUCUCUAUGAAUGAUUUAUUGAAGUUUCAAUUGAUUAUAGAUAAGUUUAACCGAGCCAUCUCACUUAUGGACUGGAAAACAUCAGAUUGUCGUAUCUUAUCUGAUAUACUUCUACAUUCUGCUUUAUUGAACUCUAAUAAUGAGGCUAUAGACCAUACUACGUUACAUGACAGUGGCAGCGAUUCUGCUUAUGGUGAACUCUUAAAAUAUACGUCAACGCUUGAUAUAUUUGUUACAGAACUAAAUGCAAAUGUCAAAAGAUGUAUCGAUAAAAUCGAUUCUUGGAAACAAUUACAUGGGCAAAUUCAUGAAUAUAAUUCAGAACUUCGGAAAUAUGAGAAUAUUACGGGGGAACGUGGACUUAAUGAACGGCCACAUACUAAUGAAGAUAGUUCUAUAUCAUCAUUCUUUAACUUUUCAAGUCUAAUUGAAAGUAAACAUACUCGAUAUAAGAAGCUUGUAUUACAAAAUUCUGAAGAAAUAAAGAAAAUAAUGAGUUUAAAUGUUCAACUUAAAAUGGAACAUGAAACAUUGGCUGCAGAGAUAAGCUCCUUUUUGAAAUACAAGUCAGACUUCUUGGCAUUAAGUUUAAAGAUAUUUACGAAAAGGAGUAUUAGAAUUGCAUUUCAAAGGCAAUCAGAACUUCAAAAAUCUCUAUAUCAAAUUGAAACAUUAGGUAAGUGGUAA